AUGGCACCAAAGAGAGGAAGAGAAAGGUCAGCUUCAGCUGUCAAGAUGAAGAAGAGCAAAUCUGGUUCAAAAAAUAAACAGGCAAAUGACAUUCGUUUGGCUGAAAAUAAGUUUGGAGCAUUGGAAGACCGAGAUGAUGAACAUGGAGAUGAUGAAUCUGAUUCUGAUUUGAUAUUCGAUUACAAUGGUAAAAGCACAGAUAAUGGAGAUUUAGUCUUAGUUGAUUCUGAAGAGGAGGAAGAAGAAGUUAUCGCAAUAACAUCAGAUGUUGAGUCAGAUGAAGACAAUGAUGAAGCUCAAGCAAAGAAAAAGCAAAAGACAGAAGUCAACGAAUUAGCUAAGAAUGCUGAUUUCAUAGAGUUUGGAUUCAGUUCUUCGGAAGAUGAAAAGGGAAACGACGAAGAAGAAGACGACGAAGAUUCAGACGAUGGUGUUAUAAGUGCAGACGAAGGUGUGGACAAAUAUUCAAGAUCCAAAUCCAUAUCACUCUACCCUUGGAUAAAACAGCACGAUCAUUCAAAGCAAAAGGAAAUAGUUGAUUGGUUGACGUUGGAAAUGAAAGACUUUGUGAAUUAUAUUUCACCAUCAAGUGAUGAAAUCACCACCAGAAACAAUGUUGUAAAUAGAUUAAAGACUCAAAUAAGCAAUUUCUGGCCCAACACUGAAACCCAUGUUUUUGGAUCAUUUGCAACCGAUUUAUAUUUACCGGGUUCAGAUAUUGAUAUGGUUGUUCUCUCCAGAAUAGGGAAUGUUGAAAACAGAUCUAGUUUAUAUCAACUUUCUUCAUUUUUAAGAAAUAAAGGGUUGGCAAAAAAUAUAGAAGUUAUUGCUAAAGCUAAAGUACCGAUCAUUAAAUUUGUGGAUCCAGAUUCUAAUAUUCAUAUUGAUGUAUCAUUCGAGAGAAGGAAUGGUAUUGAUGCUGCAAGAAGAAUAAGGAAGUGGUUAUCAGCUACUCCAGGUUUGAGAGAAUUGGUUUUAAUCGUUAAACAAUUUCUUAGAUCAAGAAGAUUAAAUAAUGUCCAUGUUGGUGGGUUAGGAGGAUAUGCUACAAUCAUAUUAUGUUAUCAUUUCCUUCAGAUGCAUCCCAAAGUAUCAACCAAAUCAAUAUCUAUUUUAGAGAAUUUAGGUGCUUUAUUAAUAGAAUUCUUUGAAUUAUAUGGUAGAAAUUUUUCAUUUGAUAAUUUAAUAAUAUCGCUAGAUCCAGAAACUGAUUUACCGAGAUAUCUUUUAAAAAGUCAUUAUCCUAAUCUUGAUACUAGUAAGAAUCCAUUUUCCAUUGUUAUCCAAGAUCCAGCUGAUGCGGAUAAUAAUAUCACAAGAUCAUCAUACAAUCUUAGAGAUUUGAAGAAAGCUUUUGGAGGUGCGUAUCAACUUUUAGUAGAUAAAUGUUAUGUCUUACACUCAUCUACAUAUAAGCAGAGAUUAGGCCUGCUGAUUCUUGGUGAUAUAAUUAAGUAUAAGGGUAAAGAAAGAGAUUUCAAUGAUGAUAGAGAUAAAGUUGUGAAUCAUGCUUUGAUUAGUCACGAAGAAGAUGGUGCUAAUGUUAAUGAUUAUGCUGAUGAUGAAUCUGAUGGAGCAAAUGGUAAUGAUAAAUAUUACUUUUCCGAUAUGACUAUAGAAACAGAAGAUGAGAUUCAAGCUAAAGCUGAAAAGAAAGCGCAAGUUCUGGCUGAAGCUGCAGCUAAAGAUAAGAAGGUAUAUUCAGAAAUCUUAGGGUUGUAUGACAAAGAUGCUAGUGAUGAAGAAGAGAAGAAUGAUAACAAAUCAUCUGAAAAACCAGAGGAUGAAGAAACAUCUGAAGAAAUGAAGAAAUCUAAAUCAAACCUUGAUAAAGAUGUUCGUAGAGCAUAUUGGCUACAAAAAGGUUUGGAAUUAUAA